UUUUAUACCAGGAGAGCAUCCACGGGGCUAGGCAGAGGCGAGAGGCGGCCGCGGGGCAGCGGGGAGCCGAGGAGCCAGCCGCCGGCGGAGCCGGGACCCCCUCCCGCAGUUCUCUCCCGACGAUGCCGGACGAAGCUACGGAAAACGCCGGCUCCACCUCCGCCCGCGUCUCGUCCUUCUUCAUCGAGGACCUGCUGGGCACCGAGGGCACGGCGGGCGGCGGGGCGCGGCGGGCGGCGGCGGGCGGCGGGCGCGGGGUUCCGCGCUGCGGGCCGCCCUCCCCGCUGCGCAUCGGCGCCCCGGGCUGCCCCCUCCGCGACGCCGCCGUCGGCUGGUACCGCCGGGCGCACGCCGCCUUCCUGGGCUGCGCCAGCCCCGACACCAGCGACCGGGACUCCCCCGAGCUGCCCGAGGAGGCUGCGGAGCGGGCCGGCGGCGGGCGGGCGGCGCCGAGGGGCGCGGCGGGCGGGCGGCCGGGCCCGGGCGGCCGUGAGGAGGAGGAGGAGCGCGGCGAGGAGCCGGGCGAGCCGGAGCAACGCGCCGCCGGCCGCAAGAAGAAGACGCGCACGGUGUUCAGCCGCAGCCAGGUGUUCCAGCUGGAGUCCACCUUCGAUGUGAAGCGCUACCUGAGCAGCUCCGAGCGCGCCGGGCUGGCCGCCUCGCUGCACCUCACCGAGACCCAGGUGAAGAUCUGGUUCCAGAACCGGCGCAACAAGUGGAAGCGGCAGCUGGCCGCAGACCUGGAAGCGGCCAACCUCUCCCACGCCGCCCAAAGGAUAGUGCGGGUGCCCAUUUUGUACCACGAGAACUCGCCGGCCAGCGCCUUGGGCUUCACCCUGCCGCACAUGUCGCCCCCCUUGGUGGGCUUCUCCAGCGGCGUCAGCUACCCCCUGGGCACCUUCCCCGCCGCCUCCCUCCCUUUCCUACGGUCGCAGAUGACAGGACUCGUCUGAGCGCCCACCUCUGCCGGGACCGCGGCCCCCUCGCCCCCUCCCUCGGCUUCCAGCUCCACCCCCCUUCCUCCACGGACUUUU